UGGUCUUUUCAAAUGCAGUAAGAUAUUUCAAAGAUCAUUUUAUUAACACUUUGGAGAAAAGAAGAACAUUUUGCAGAAAGGAUGAUAUAGCAUGGAUAUUGAUGAUUCCCAAGAUUUGGAGUGAUGCUAAAAAACUUUUAAUAGAAAAAGCGGCGGUUGAAGCUGGAAUACCAAUAGAUCAGCUUACCCUUGUUUCCGAGCCAGAGGCGGCCAUGUUGUGGUACAAGCACUUCAAUAAAGAACAAAGAAGCAAUGAUCAAAACGCCUGUAAAUACAUUGCUCUUGACACAGGAGGAAGUGUCGACAUCACCUUAUGUCAGCAUACGAGCAAUGGUAAAUUAACAAAAGUAGACAUAGUUGAGAGUUUGCAGUCUGGGAGUAUUGGCGUUGAUCAAGCUUUUGAAAAGAUUUUGACAGAUAUAGUGGGGGAAGAUUUUGUUGAACAAUACAAACAAAAACACCCAAAAGAAUAUGCAAACAUAUUCAGGAACUUCGAAGUCAGGAAAAGAUUAUUCACUCGUGAAUUUCCAACAAAUCAAAAAAUAACUCUCAAAAUACCAGUUUCAUUUGCAGAAGAGUGUAGAUUUCGAUUGAGUACGGAUUUAAACUUACUCACAAACAAUACAAAACAUAGAGAUACAGUUUUCUGGGGAAAAGGAAAACUCUACAUUAAUUAUUCAGCAUUUAAGCGUCUUUUUGAACCGAUUUGUGAAGACAUAAUGCAACAAAUGCAAGAAAUGUUAAACCAAACUUACUUAAAAGAAGUCAAUACAAUCUUGAUGGUCGGGGGAUUUUCAGACAACUUCAUUUUACAAGAUGUCAUAAAGAAUGCUUUCCCAGAAUUGACGGUUAUUAUUCCAAACAAUGCAGAACUGGCAGUCAUGGAGGGAGCACUUCUCUUUCAGCAAAAUUGCUUUGAUAAAUACGAGAAAAUGGAUGACCCUGAUGAAAAACAGCGACGGAAACAACAGAUAAAACAGACCAAAGAAAAUCAGCCAAUACCUCCUGCCUGUUCUUCCUGUAGUAGUAUAAUCAAGGACAGGACACAAUUUGUAGCUUCAAUAGAAAUGGGAAAUUCGUUUUCUGGUUAUGCCUUCAUCUCCACGAACGAUUUAAAUCGCGAUCCUUUACAAUCAAUGACAUCGUUUUGGUGUACUGAAAAGGGUCUGAAAACAUCCAAAGUCCCAUCUACGCUCUUACUGGACAAAGACAAGAUGUUUGUUGCAUUCGGUUAUGAAGCAGAAGCUAAAUACAUGGAGCUUCGAGAUGAAAAGGAACACUUUGAUUACUAUUAUUUCCCUAGAUUCUUAUCGAAGUUUCAUGACAUCUAUACAGCACAUGAAGUAAUAACAGAUGAUAUGGGCAAACAAAUGCCAACUGUGGAUGUACUCUCUAUAGCAAUAAAAUACCUUUACACGCACUGCUUAAAUGCGAUGAACCUAGAACGUGCAUCUUUUGGUGAUAUAGCCUGGGUGUUUAUUGUCCCGUCGCACUUGAAUGAUGCAGCAAUACAUCUCUUUAGGAUGGCGGCAGAAAAAGCCGGCAUAUGUCAGAACAAUACAAAGAUUGAAUUGAAGUCUGAUGCAGCGUCGAUUUACUUCUGUAGCAUUCUACCUAAGCGUAAACUUCCAGAUGAAGAAGAAAAAGAUCCUUUCUUUUAUUCUGGCAGCAAAUACUUACUUCUAGACGCUGGUGGCAUGACACUUGAAUUAACUGCAUUCGAAGUUUUACCAAAUGGAAAAAUAAUGGAACUUGUCAAACGUAUUCAUGGUGUUGGAGGAAUAACCUUAGAAAACACCUUUAAAGAAUUUUUGAGAAAAAUUUUUGGGGAUUUAGUAUUAAAGAAAUACUAUGCAGAAUAUUCUGACGACUACUUGGAUCUUUUACGUGAAUUCGAGAUAAAGAAACGAACAUUUGGCAGUAGGAUUAACGAAUUACCUGUUAAACGUAUUUCACUUAAUCUUCCCUAUUCUAUUAUUCAUGUAUAUGAAUAUACAAUUGGAGAAGAUUUAAAGAGUAGAAUCAAUGAGGCAGGAUACAAAGACCGUAUCAAAGUGCAAUGUAGCAAGUUAUUUAUUGACCAUGCAACUUUUAACAGUUUCUUUCAGCAUGCUUGUCAUGAAACAAUCAGAUAUGUGAAAACACUACUUACUUCUUCAAAGCUUUCAGGAAUUGUCACGAUUUUUAUGGUUGGAGGAUUUUCCGAGUCUCCAAUUUUGCAAAAUGCGAUGAAGGACGCUUUCCCUAAAUACCGGAUAGUUGUAGCAGAGGAACCAAGCUUAGCUGCACUUAAAGGAGCAGUUUUAAUGGCCGGAGAAACACCAAUUAAGGAUCGGAGGUUAUCUAGAUACACUUUUGGUGUCGACACAUUUCAAAUAUUCAAUCCAAGCAUCCACAAUCCCAUGAAGAAAAAAACUAUCUGUGGAGUAGACUACUGCAGAGAUAUAUUUACUAAGCUUGUUCGGUGUGGAGAUUCACUUUCUGCUGAAACACAUUCUUCACAGGUGACUUACAUACCCAUCUAUCCAAACCAAACAGAGAUUUCUUUCGGAAUUUAUAAAUCAAAAAACCCAGGCAUUUUAUAUAUUGAUGAACCGGGCUGUAUAUAUGUAGGAAAAGUCACUGUACAUACUCCUUUAACAUCGUCUAAGUAUCGUUGUGUUAAAUGUUCCAUGAGAUUCAAAACGCCAGAAUUAAUUCUCACUGUAGUAUAUCCAGAGACAGGAAAAAUGAUAACAGCUUCUUUUGAUUUGUUAGAUGAAUACAUGUAAGUAGGUUGUCGUGUACAAAACUUGAUCAACUAUAUUCUCUGAAAGAAACCUCGGUGAGAAUUUGUUUUAUUUUAUCUUUAAUGCGUUGUUUUUACUUUUUAACUUUGGAAAAGAUAUAAACAAUUAUGUAAUUAUCUUUAUUAAAGCAAUGAGUUCAC